AUGCUCAGUGCCGUCGCUGCACGAAAAGCGCGUCUGCAAGCUCAGACUUCCGCACACGCAGCUCCUUCACCGCCACAACCACGAAAAUCGUAUAGCCCAUCGCCCGAGCCAGAGAAGUCCUCAGGCGAUACCGAGCCGCCAUCCAAGCGCAAGCCGUUCGCACCCGCCCCGAAGCGGUCAAGGAAGAAACGCAAGGUAACCAAGCCUGCGGAGAAGAAGCAGCCGUCGAGGUACUUCGCGGAAAGGGACAGCUUCAAGGAGCAGGAGGAUGUCAUUGAAGUGGAUGAUGAACAUGAUCCGUCUGAGAGCAGCAGCACGUCGGGCUCUGGCGAGAGCUCGGGUGAGCUGUUCUCCUUGCCUGUCGGACCAACCGCUGCUGCCCAAGCUAAGCGAAGACACACCUGGUCGCCCGGUGCGCCUCCCGCUGAAUCUUCCGAAGACGAAGCCAAAGAUGUAACAUUUGAGCCAGUCGUCCGUGCUGCAGAGGAACCUCCACAGCUACUCUCGACGUUUCAGCCAGUCCCUGACCGAAACUUCUUUCAUCUGUCCCCGGAUGAACUCUCUUCGCUUGCAAUCUCGCCGUCUGCUUCAGGCAAGCUACUCGUGCUCCAACUGACCGAGCGUCUCACUUUACUUGGAACGUACUCCAUCAUCGUCCUCCAAGGCGUCAUCCGGUUGAAUGGUAUCGAGCUUACACCUUCGUUGUUCGCGCAUCCGGUCUUCGCGCCACAGUCUUCGCCACUCCCCGUCAUCGAAUGUACUUCUUCAAAGAAUUCAUCCAGAACAACUGUCUUCCAAUUGCCAUCCCGCUUUAUUGCCUCUGCUUCUCGGGCCACCGCCGUGGUCGUACUGCAGGAGCUCCGGACUGGUGUAGAAGGUCUUGGACGCGUAUGUAGGACGUUUGAAGGCGCGUUUGAGCCCUCGAGGUGGCAGCGGAAGCAGACUGAGGUGGACUUAGGCUUAGAAGGAGUGUAUUACGUGACGUAUCGAAAUCAGGAUGUUCAGCCAUUCGUGAUGCUGUCAUCCUGGACCUGUGCUCUAGAGGCAGCUCUUGUUGAAGCAGAAGAAGGCAAGACGUUUGUACGGAAAAUAUUCCUCGUGCAGGGGGCCAAGAAGACGGGGAAGAGCACAUUUGCAAGAACACUUGCGAACAAACUGCUGUCAAGGUAUAAAUAUGUGGCGUUUUUGGAAUGUGAUCUUGGACAAUCGGAAUUCACUGCCGGCGGUAUGGUCGCGUUAAGCAUCCUGGGUAAUCCAGUGUUCGGUCCGCCGUUCACCCACCCCAGUAUUCCUCACAGAGCACACUACCUUGGCUCCACAACGCCACGAAAUCUCCCUUCGCAAUACCUUGAAGCAAUCGGAGCGCUGAUGCAGACAUACAAUGUCGAUAUUCAGUAUAGCGGUCUUCUCGAGACACAGGGCGACGGCGACAGUCGUAUUGCCGACAUUAUCCCACUUGUCGUGAACAUGAUGGGUUGGACGAAAGGUCUCGGUGCCGACUUGUCUCGCAAGGUCUUAGAGACCGUCGAGCCAUCUAUCGUGUUUUCUUUCGAGGCACCACUGCAAGACUCCGCUUGGCCAGCGAGCCGGAAUGUUGACUACGUCGAUGUGCUGACACCUUUCGAAAUUGGACUUGACGGUAUAGCGACAAGAUAUUCAUUGGAAGUGAUCCCUUCAUCAGCAAUGUCACAGCGGUACUCGCCUGCGGAUCAUCGAACACUGUCCCUUCUGUCUUACUUCCACGCAGUCUUUCCCAUCCCCAGCUCCGGUGGAUCGCAUCUCCAAAGCACGUAUGCAACCGAGUGGAAUACCACCCUACCGCUCUGCGCGCAAGCACCAUACGAAUUGGUCGCGAACGCCGCACUGGACGCUAUCAUACUCUCUGGCCCGGGCUCGGAGGACAUCAUUCCGUACGAGAUUCACCGCGUGCUGAACGGUGCGGUUGUCGGCCUCGUCAGCUGCGAACCCGGCGCAUUAGAUCUCGACGUCUCCUCGCAGAACAACGCAAGCAUGACGCGUGGCAUCCCGUAUACACAGGGUGCCGCACCUCCACCACCCGCAGCGUCGACCUGUCACGGUCUCGCUCUCGUCCGCAGCGUAAGCUCGUCCGCACCCGCGAAGCUGCAUGUCCUGACGCCGCUCCCGCCUGCGUUCCUUGCGAGCGCACACCCUCGUGUGCUGCUGAAGGGCGAGAUGGAACUCCCUGUGUGGGGCAUGGUCGACUUUCGCGCCGAGGACGCCAUCGCCGGAGUCGAUCACGCGAAGGUGCCGUUCCUCCGCUGGGGCAAGACCGAGGGCACUGGGGCUGAGCGCCGCCGAGUGCGCAGGAACCUCAUGCGGCGUGGCCAGCAGUAGGCUCUGCGCAUUCAUGCGGCAUCCCCAGAGAAGACGAUGGCGGUGUCGGGCCCCUUACUGGCGAGCCACGCUUUCCAAAUUUCUCCGUAUACCGGAGAGAUGUCGAGUCUUCGGAAGAUGGCAUGGUCGCUCUGUAGGCGUGCGAUGCGCUUCAUCUCUCUUCGAUCCCGGCUGCUAUACACCUUUAGAGCUUUCUCCGCUUGCUGCAAGGUUGGCUGUCGCUGUACUAUCUGGUUAAUGUACGGGACACACUAACGGCCGGAGCUUCCUCGACCCACCUGUCCAGGAAACACCAUCCGAUGCCACUUGCAAAAUAUCUUCGGAGCAAUAUAUUCUUCCCUCGCUUCAGGUUCUUCAUGCAUCGCGUCCCGGUAUUUCGGAAGUAAUUUUGGUGCGUAGUAAAUGAGCAGGCCUUCUGGUGGAUUGUUUGCAUUUGAGG